AUGCCAGCCUCAACUUCAGCCCUCUUAUCAGCCAUCCGACCCCGAACCGUCUCAUUGACGGGGUACAAUCACUUCCUUACCCCUUUACGGAAAAUAAUAAUCGAUUAUGACCCAUUAUCGCCUUCUCAAGCUGGAAUUAGGACAUACUUGAAGAGUCCGAUGGUGAAGAUGGCAGAGGCCAACCCGGACAUUGAGGUUUUGGUCCGGAGAUUAAGAAGAGGGAAGGCCGCUGUGAUUAGGGGGCAUUAUGUCAACGGGAGAGAUAAGGUCAUCUGUGUCAACGGCCUAGAAACCAAUGAAAUAACGAACAAAGUCGGCCUUCUUCUUUCAGCCUCGGGAGCCAAGCUCAAGCCGCUCAAGAACCUCACGCUUGAGGCCGCGCCUGGUGCGGAGUCUGCGCGGGGUAUCUGGAGCGCCUUGCAUGAUGAGCGUAAGCCGGGCGGGGGGUAUAGAAUAUAG